CUGGAGACAGACAGCUGAGAGUGAACAGCCGUGUAUGUGUGUGUAUAUGUAUGUGUGUGUGUGUGUGUGUGUUUGCUGCUUCACAUUCAGACGCGCUGCACAAGCGUCUCGUCCAGAAACCCAAGACGACAACCGAGAGGACUCACUUGGAUUACUGACAGCAGGUCCCGACACAAUUUUCUCCUGAGAAAACUUGCCGGCGUUUUUCCUCUGUUAGGGUAAAAGCAAAAACAUCGCAUUUUCACCUUUAUAAAAGCAGCAGUCUUCUCGGAAGGGGCCGCACCUUCAGCUGAUCAGCAUCCAGGGGUCAUGAAGGAGUGAAGAAACACCUGGUCUGAAGAUCUAGAAGGUCUUCUGGAUGUAAAGUUGCAGAGCAGACGGGAUCGAGGAAAACUGGAAGAGAAACGAAGAAGUAAAAGCAGGAGGGAAAGGGUUGGUUGGACUGGCUGAAGGGGGAAACCGAAGGGCUGGAUGCGAGCCUUCAUUCACUCUAGAAGUUCGCCGGUUCCUCAGAGAUGGCCUCCAACUUCAAUGACAUUGUCAAGCAGGGCUAUGUCCGCAUGCGGAGCAGGAAACUGGGGAUCUAUCGACGCUGCUGGCUGGUGUUUAAGAAGUCAUCCAGUAAAGGACCUCGCAGACUGGAAAAAUACCCUGAUGAGAAGUCAGCCUACAUCAGAGCCUGUCCUAAGGUGACAGAGAUUAGUAAUGUGAAGAACGUCACAAGAUUGCCUCGUGACACGAAGCGACAGGCCGUGGCCAUCGUUUUUACAGACGACACCUCUCGAACCUUCACCUGCGAAUCAGAGCUGGAGGCUGAGGAGUGGUUUAAGACCUUGUCUAUCGAGUGCCUGGGGACGCGUCUGAAUGACAUUAGUCUUGGAGAGCCAGACCUCCUGGCCGCUGGAGUUCAGUGUGAACACACAGAGCGUUUUAAUGUGUUCCUGUUGCCCUGCCCAAAUCUGGACAUCUACGGUGAGUGUAUGAUGCAGAUCACACAUGAAAACAUCUACCUGUGGGACAUUCACAACCCUCGCACCAAGCUGGUAACCUGGCCGCUUUGUUCGCUACGCCGAUACGGACGAGACGCUACACGCUUCACCUUCGAGGCUGGCAGGAUGUGUGACAGUGGGGAGGGCCUGUACACUUUCCAGACACGGGAAGGAGAGCAGAUCUACCAAAGGGUCCAUUCUUCCACGCUGGCUAUAGCUGAGCAGCAUAAGAGAGUCCUCAUGGAAAUGGAGAAAAACAGCAAGCUUUUAUCCAAGGGUCCAGAGGGGACGUCCUACCCUUGCACCCCAACAGCAAUCUUACCACGAAGUGCUUUCUGGCACCACAUCACCGGAUCACAGGCUGGAGUGGACUCUGCUAAUGGUGACCUCUACGGUGAUCCUCAACCAGGAAUGGACAGUGACCUCUUCUCUAAACGCCUUCCUCCAGAAAGACACUCCACACUUCCUAUGGGCCGUGGCUGCUCUCAACCCCCGACACAUUACCCCUCGUACCCCAGCGAGUGAGCGGCUCCGCAGUGAAUCCUUCACGUUUUUCACCUCCUGACCUCCCUCCACACUGCACUCUGCCCUAAGUUUUUUCCAUCAGCUCUCCUUCAGCAGGGGAAGAUCCAUGCUGCCUCGGUUCCCCCUGAGCCUGCCAGCGACGCCGAGGGCACGCACUGUGGAAAGAGGGAACGCACUGGGAAGUUUGAAGGGCGCACAGACCCUUCAUACAGACACAAAAAAAAAGAUGGAACCGGCUCACAGUGCAAUAUGGUCACUCUUGGUGGGAGUAGAAACUCCACUGUAGGUUCUUCUUAGUAGUAUCUCUUAUUCUAACUCUUAAUCUCGUGCACGCUCUUCAACCCUAUGCAUGGUCCCCCAUGGUAAACAGCUUAGACACAUGUAGAAAGCCCUACACGUCUAAGACACAACCACUGCAGCCCUGGUGGAAGGGCCCUCAGAGGAUAACACUCCUGCUCUCCAGUGUGAGUAGAAAUCCAAAGUGUGUUUUGAUCAGAUGCUUUAAUUUUCAUUUGAUUGGCAUGUCUGACGGAGGACUCUGUGGAACUGGGAGCUGUUUCUGAGAGUGGCAUUUUGGUCGUCUGGUUUGUUUCUCCUUUUCUCUUCUGUUAAAGUGACUUAAUGGACAGCUGUAAUGCCGUCCCGCUCUCCUUGUCAUUAUGAAGAAAGCCAUUGGACGGAGGUGAGGGACUCGCUUGUGCACUUUGUGUACUUGUUGAUCUUUUCAGACUCGCUGGUCCACUGUUUUAUUGGGACAAUGUUUUGAGGGUCAGAGAUCCGCGUUUAGAGGGGAACAAAGAUUAUUAUACCCAUCUGAGGUGGAGGAAUGAAUUAUUUAUUUAUUUAUUGAAGUUUACCAACAAAGCACAAGACAGAUUGCGGUGUAUAUUAGUAGGGUUUUCCUUAGCAGCUCAGCAGUUCUGUAUGUAAAAGGGUUUGUACUGGCAUUGUGAAUGAGGAGAAAAACAUCAGGGCUUUUCACACUUAUCAAGUUAACCCUGAGUCAUUCUAAAUCUUCACGUUUCAUGCUGCUUAUUAUUUAUACUAGGUAAACAACUACUCCUGGGGGAUUUGUAUGAUUGCUUAGCCCUGAGUUGAUGUCUGCAUUAUUUCUUCAAUGAUUGGAUGAAUGCAGCACAUGACAUGACCACAAGUCUUUAAGGUUUUGGUUCCUGUUGUUGUAUAUUACUCCAAGCUAACAUUUUUAUGUAAAAUGAAUGGACUUUUAGGAUUAUUAUUAUCUAUUUUGACUGUUUGACUGUUUUCCCUGAAAAACGAGGCAGUUUGUAAUGUAUCUGUGACUGUCCAAGGCACAAGAUCGUGACACUUGAUUGCUAUCACUUGCUGAAUAUCUACCCAUAUCAAAAUACAAUUGCGUUGUUUAACACUGUAUCACAAGUUUGCCAAUUUUAACAAGUUUUGGAUCUCAUAAGUAGGACCAGACAGAAUCUGCAGACAUUUUUUUACUAUUUAUGUUGAGAAUUUUGUAAAAAAUCUGCGGAUUUAUGCACAAUUAUUUUGGAAGUAUCGUAACUAAAAGCGUAAUAUACGAAAUAAAAACAAUAGCUUUUAUACUUUUAUUGAAUGUUCACAUUGCAAAUCCAAUUAGAUCCACUUAUUGGGUAAACAAAGCAAGUCUCUCAUAUAAUAUCUCUACUAAAAGACAAAA